GUAGGUAUCUUAAGUCUGUGACAGUAGAUUCAUUCGCACCAUCUAUCAGGGAAAUUAGAAAUCUUAAAAGCGAAACUCAGGAUAAUUAUUAAUGUACCUAGAAAAGUGUACGUGGUCACUAAAUGUGCGUAGAUGCUGUAGUUAAUUCAAUCCCUUGUAAUUCACGUUUGGGCGCGUAUUUGUAGUAAUUUAGAAUUUUACUAAGUAAACGAGUAUUUGUUCUACCGCUGUGCAGAGAUGGCAGAUGCUAGAACAGGUUCAACUAAUAAUUCGCCACAAAUUGAAAAAGGAUGGCCUGCUUUGAAACAGCAUGUUAUUGACAAUAAAAUUAAGGUUGGAUUAUGGGUUACAAGGCUUUUCACAAUUCUGUUUACCAUUGGUUACAUCAUUCCUAUAUUCGGCAAUCCUUAUAAUAUCUAUUAUAAGGUUUUAAUGAGUAAUGCAGCAACAAAUGCAUUACGCCUACACCAAAGAGUGCCACAUGUUCAAUUAAGCAGGCAAUUUUUAGAAGUUUUAUUUCUUGAAGAUUCCUUCCAUUAUCUAUUUUAUUCUUUAAUAUUUCUAUAUGCAGCUCCUGUUACAUUGGUGUUGACACCUAUAUUCUUGUUUGCAUUGAUGCAUUUUGCUAGUUAUUCCCUCACACUACUUGACUGUCUAGGACAGAAUAGUUGGUGGGGAGCACGUCUAUUCAUAUCUCUAGUUGAAUUUCAAUCUAGGAAUGUCCUGCGCCUGUGUGCAUUAUCUGAGAUAAUUAACUUGCCAUUCACAGUUCUUCUGGUAUUUACGGACAGAGCUGGUUUAUUAACACCCCUUAUUUACUAUCACUUCCUAAAAUGGCGUCUUGCAUCUCAGAGAAAUCCAUUCACUCGCAAUGUAUUCCAUGAACUUAGAAGUGGAUUAAGUUCAAUAUCAACAAAACCAUCUGUACCAGACAUUGUUCGACGAAUGAUUGAAGGUCUAUUAUCACUUACACAACAAAUGGUUCCAGUUCGUCAGUAAUUUUCAAUUUUUGAGAUAAUGAUUCUUAAAGAUUUCCUAGGGUUCUAGGGUCCAUCUAAUAACAAUUUCAUAUAAUAUGUCUCGAGGACAAAAAGUGCAAAUAUCAAAACCAACAGCUAGCCUAUGAUUUAUUGUUUGAAAAUUGUAUGAAACCAAUCAAACAAUGACCUUAUAAAAUUCGACUAUUAUCUUUAUUUCUGAAUGUUGUAAAUGAUAAUAGCAAUUUUGACAAAUAUUUCAUAUGAAUUAUUACUAGAUAAUGUUUAGAGUUUACUUACUAAAUACAAAGUCACUUUUAUUACUAAAUUGUGUAUUCAGAUUUAUAAAAAUUAAAAUUCAUCACGUAAUUUUGAAUCAUUGUAAAUGAAAACAGCAAUCUCGUUUUAGCCUCGUUUGGUGAAUGUUAUUAAAUUUCAUUCAAAUA